CUUUUGUCGUCGUUGCCAGAACGUCGCGGUCUAGUUCAAUGGCUACUAUCGCUAUCCUUCAGUUUCUUUUAAUUCUGUGAACUGAGGAAUCUGGCAUUCCUCAUCACGCGCAAACAACACGACUUCAUUCGUUCCAUUUUAUUCCCACUAUUAUACCCAGUGUUGAUGACAGCAUGUGAAGGAAGCCAUCGGUUCUCAUCCAUGUAGCAAGAAAGGAUUUUAGAAGGGAUUGAGAAUAAAUUGGAUGAGAAUUAAGCUUCUCGUAUAAGCCAAAGGUCUAAAGUUCGUUGGUAUAUUUGGAAUUUGGGGCUACGUGAUAUUGAUGAAUUUAUCGCCAUUUCCCAUACCCUAACCCCAACAAUGGCUGAGGGAACAGCAUCAGCUGUGGCGGGAGCGGCGAGAACCCUUUCAGGACUUGGGAAAAGGAUAUUGAUUCCCUUAACGGCAACGAGUCCGCCCGGCCUAGUAGAAGCAAAUACUGUCGACCCAUGGAGUAAGUCGGGAAAGUAUGGCUUAGGAUGGACUUACUUCAGUCUGGCGCUGAUGGCGCUGGUGGUAUUGGUACGGAUAUGGCAUUGGUGGCAAGAUAAGAUUCGACAAGCGAUAUACAAGCAAGAGGUGGAGCAGCAUUACCGGGACCUAUACAGCCUCGACCCCGAGUACGCAUUACCGACAGCCCUGCACACUGGUCAAACCGGACGGCAGUUCUUCCCCGAGGAAGCCGGGGUUGGCGAGAAGAGGGAUUUCAAGCCGAAGUCCGAUUUCUCUGCUGUCGGCCCCGUCUUGGACGCGCUGGCCCUCUUCAGAUGGGUCUUCUACCGCCCCAUUCCGGAUAUUGUGUGGAGGAAGCACCGGUUUACGUUUUCAUCUCUUGCCGUCUUGUUCGUCGGAUUCAUCGCACUGGCAUUCGUGUCGCUGUAUGUGUUUCUCAAGCAGCCUCUGUACUGGGAUAGCAUACAGUAUGGCUCGCCUCCCGUGGCGAUCCGGGCGGGUAUGAUUGCGGUCGCUAUGACUCCUUGGAUCAUCGCGACUAGCAUGAAGGCCAACUUGCUCACCCUUAUUACGGGGAUUGGGCCGGAGCGGCUUAAUGUGUUCCACAGAUGGGCUGGCUACAUUUGCCUGUUCCUUGUGCUUGUGCAUACCAUCCCGUUUUACAUCCAACCUGUCUGGGAUGACGGCGGUAUGGCUGUGUUCUCAAAAUUGUUUCCCGAAGGAAGUGGUGUUAUUUACGGUACUGGCAUUGCAUGCCUAGUCCCGCUACUUUGGCUCUGCGUUGCUUCACUUCCUUUUAUUCGUAGAAUGGCCUACGAAGUUUUCGUUACGCUCCACGUCCCGGUUGGGUUCGUGUACCUCGGCUGCCUCUUCUGGCAUACGAAAAAUUACUUAGCGUCUUGGGAUUACCUGUACGCCACAAUUGCUAUUUGGCUGCUGUGCUAUUUCCUUCGCAUCUUCAAACUCAACUGGGUUAAACCGUGGCGGAUGUCGUUCUUGGUGGGCGAUGAGGCAGCUAUUACUCUCAUGAGCGAGAAUGCCAUUAAGAUCACGAUUCCUACACAAAUGAAAUGGAAGCCCGGGCAGUACGUUUAUCUACGGAUGCCCGGCAUUUCGUUCCUCGAUAACCAUCCGUUUACUAUUUCGUCUCUCUGUAGCGAAGACUUCCCUUCGGAAUAUGGCGAGCAGUACAGGGACUGUAUCCUGGUAUUCAAACCUUAUGGGGGGUUUACGCGAAGGGUGCUGGAAACUGCAAUUGACAAGGGACCGUUUCACACAUACCGGGCAUAUCUUGAUGGUCCAUACGGAGGUAUGCGACGAGAACUGGCUGCAUUCGAUACGUGCAUUCUAAUUGCCGGUGGAAGUGGAGUGACUGCGUUAAUGUCGCAGUUAUUGAACUUGAUCAAGCGCAUGCGAGACGGGAAGGCUAUUACUAAGAAAGUAGUGGUUGUCUGGUCUCUAAAACGACUUGAGGCCAUGGAUUGGUUCCGGGAAGAGUUGCGGAUUUGUCGAGACUCUGCGCCACCGGAGAGUGUGACCUGCAAGUUUUUCGUUACUGCGGCUAAGAGACAAUCUGGAAUCCCACAUCCUCGAGAACGGGGACCCCGACCACUUAGCAAUAUGUUUCAUGAUAGACUAGACGGAUUCGUGGCGGGUAUUGCCUCGAAGCGCAAUUCCCAGCUAAUAAGGGAUGAAGCACAAGGCAACCCAGACUACGAACGUGAGCUGCGGGCUGAGGAUGAAGACAGGAUCACUGCCCUUCCUCAACAAAAAUACCUACAGCCGCACCAUAUCCCGCCGCAAGGCCCACCGCCCUCAAACCGUUUCUCCGCUCAAGAGGAAUCGCUCCGCAGGCUUGAGGGUCGGGAUCUAAGCGACGCCGAAAAUCAAGGCCAACCAGUCGUGGCCUCCGCAGAUGAAUAUCCCGAAGACAAACCUAAGCGGGAAUUUCACUUCCCCCCACUACAGACGCACCCAGAUAAGCAACCGCAUUUCAAUUACGCGCCACCCUCACCGCGGCGAUUCCCGCCACCUCCCAGCGCGGAAAAUGCCUCUGGAGAGCCGUCUGAGCCCGUUCUCCGACCGCCCGAGUUUGCUCAUCUGCGCACGACGAACCUACCCCCGGCACCACAAGCUCGCCCUACGUCAACAUUUGGUCCUCCGUCGGGAUUCGACUUCGGGUUCCCAGAGACGCCAACGGAGUUCCAAAAGAGUUUGAUGCGGUUUGCGUUCCCAGUGCCUCAUCAGAUCGACGGGGGCUGGAGCGUCGAGUACGGGCGGCCGGACUUGGGGUACAUGCUGCGGGAGUGGACGACGGGAGGCCCAGAUGGGAGGGGCAUAUUGGGGAGACGGACGGCGGUUUUCGUGUGCGGGCCCCCUAGUAUGAGGGUGGGCGUUGCGACGACCGUUGCGAGGCUACAGGCGGAGAUCUGGGGCGACCCGAUGCUUGAGGAAAUUUUCCUGCAUACGGAGAACUACGCUCUGUAGGAGAGGGCGGAGAAGUGUCGAAGAGAAAAUAGGGAGGAUUGUAUAUAAAGGGCAGGAGACACGACAUCCGUCACGAGCGACAGGAUGGCAUGGCGUUUGGGACGGAUGCGAAUGCGAGAUACCACGACCCAAUGAGGGGUCUUUUUUUUAUGUUACCCAGUAUAUACACCCACACGCUGAUACCUGUCUGGUGGGUCAGACUUGUAUUUGUACAGAUAGGUUGGUUUGAUUGAUGGUGGGAUUGACGACCUUAUACUGCCCCUGGUUGACGGACCGACGGGGCUAAUGAAUUAGCUGCUGCUAUGUUAUAGCACUCCCAUAUACCCCUAGUUUAGGUACCUAAAUUAAUACGUUAUGAUGUUACCUCUAUUGCUAGGAUGGGAUUAGGAUGGAAGAGAGCGAUUAAUAGAGGUGAAAUUGGUGUUAGGUAGUAUGGAUAUUAUGCGCCUCGUUACCCUUUGCUUCCAUCCUCCUGAUGUAGCUUGUAUCAGUAUUGGUAUCAGCGGCUCCCAUUACCCUGUUUUUUUUUAUAUAUCUGCCCUAGGACAGGCUCACUUGCUUGCUGAAUAUCAUUGACUAUUCUCUAGGUGCCUUUCUGUUUACCUAUAGGUUCAAAGGUACCUAAGGUAUUCAGCAGUCCUUUAAAGGCUG